AUGCAGUGUCUUACGCAGACCUUACUACUAAACCGCCAAAGCCGCUGCCAUCACUACGAAGCCCAGCGACGCGAAGCGUCACGUCCGCUUGCGCAUGGUACGGGCUUGUAUGAUGGCGCAUGCCGCAGGCCGCCGAGGAGAAGGCACAACGCGCAGCCGGUGUCGAUCGAUUACCGUCAUGAAAUUGAUGACCGGCAUAUGGUGCAGAUAGGCCAGCUUCUUCUUGAUCUCUUGUAUUCGAUUUUUCAUCUGUGCUGUCUGUCCCGCUUCAACUGCGGGCGGCCGGUUCUACGACUGCAACCACUGGCGAAACAGGCCGAAUUGGAGAAUUCUUCUUUCACCGCCUGCUGCGAAAGCAGCUUCAUUUCGGUCAACGGCAACGAACGUGCUUCAUAUGAACUGUACAGAAGUUGUAAAUCGGCCAGUCGGCGAUCCGUAUUGGCCCGAUCCCAUGUAACCAUCCGUUACCGUUGCCCCACUUGCGUACACGUGAUAGUCAGUGAUGCGAUGCAAGGCGAAUAA